AAUAGAUAACAACAACACAAACACAGAGACAGAGACAGAGAGAGAGAGAGAGAGAGAGAGAGAGAAUGGAGAAACUCCUCUCAAAUGGUCACCAUGAAAGCUUGCCAGAAAGCUACAUACUGCCAGUGGAUAAACGCCCAGGUUUGAUCAUCAACAAAGCCAUUCCUGUCAUAGAUCUUGCUGCUCACAAUCAUGAACAAACUGCCAUGCAAAUCCUUGAAGCUGCCAAGGAAUAUGGCUUCUUUCAGGUGGUGAAUCAUGGAAUUGAAGAAGAAGUGAUAAGAGAGAUGCUGAAGAUAAGCAAGGAGUUCUUCCAGUUGCCAAUUGAAGAGAAGGCUGUGUACUUUUCAGAAGAUGUGACGAAGUUUCCAAGACUACACACAAGCACCACCCGUGUGAACAAACUGGAGAAAAAGGUCUGGAGAGAUUAUUUCAAGUUUGUUUGUCAUCCUGUUGAUCCUCAAUCCAUGGAUCAAUGGCCACAAAGACCAACCGGUUUCAGAGAGAUUGCUCCAAAGUAUUCAAAGUUUGCAAGAGAACUGGGACUGAAGAUCUUGGAGUUUAUUGCUCAAGGACUGAAACUUGAUGAUAACUACUUCAAUGGAGAACUCAGUGAUGGUACUUCCAUUGUAAACAUUAACUAUUACCCGCAAUGUCCAGACCCAAGUCUAGCACUUGGCUUACUGAGUCACUGUGAUCCAAAUCUCAUCACCGUUCUUCUCCCGGAUGAUCAAGUCAAUGGCCUCCAAGUCCUUCACCAUGGUGAUUGGAUUUCUGUUGAUCCAAUUCCCAAUGCUUUUGUCAUUAAUGUUGGCCAUCAAUUGGAGUUUAUUACUAAUGGGAUACUAAAGAGUGUGGAACACAGAGCAGCGACAAGCUCAGCCAUGUCUAGGAUUUCAAUUGCAACAUUCAUUUAUCCUAGCUCUGAAUGUGUGAUUGGACCUGCCAAACAAUUGAUUGAUGAGAAUAAUGGUCCAAUUUUCAGAGAAUUCAAGUUGAAGGAGUUUCUAAGCAUUUAUAAUGGUCACAUUGGUGAUACUGCAAACAUUAUGGAUGCUUUCAAAAUCAAGGCUUGAAGUUUAUAGCUUAUUUUAUGAGAAUAAGACAGCAUUGAUCUUUGCUAUAGAUGUACUCUUGUCAUUUUCAAGGAAACUCCUGAGAAGUUUCAUAUACUUUGAAGAUGAUCACAUGAAGUUGAAGCUUGUCAGUUAAUCAUUAAUAAUAAAAAUUAUAAACUCAAAUGAUGGAUUCCUUGUUGAGAAGAUCA